UUUAUGCUCAAAGUAGAAACACAGUGAACUAACUAUUUGCACUCACUCCAAGUCAAAACCGAAGAAAAGAGCGGGAGUGACGACCACAUUUCUGGCUAAGACGGUGAUUUGCAUCGGCAGAUGUCUAUCGGCGUCCGCGAACUCUGCGUUCUAGGAGAGUUCAAGCCAUUCGGCUUGGUCGCCGAAGCUCUAGAUGGCAAACCCUCCGACAAUUUCUCUGGCGAUUACAGUUACUCCCUCUUCAGUCCAGAAGUCACCAAGCAAAGAGAAGUGGCCGACGACUUCAAUGCAGCUUCGCCGUCCAGUGAUCGGGGCGAUCACGAGCUUUUUGUUAGAGGAAACCGGAUAAUAUGGAGCAUAGGCUCACGAGUGUAUAAGAGGUUCACCUUACCCUCGCCAGUGAUCAAGGCAUGCUGGUGCCGGAUGGGUGAUGUGUCUGAAGCUGUUCUUUGUGUUCUACAAAUUGACAGUUUAACAAUUUAUAAUGCAUCAGGUGAAGUUGUAUCUGUCCCUCUUCCUCGCAGCAUUUUAUCAAUAUGGCCUCUUCCUUGUGGUUUGCUUAUCCAACAAUCAGCAGAAGGGGGUUCAUCUUCAAGCCCAUAUUUAAGUCCCCGUGAUAUAGUUCGCUCAAAAAGGGAUGUAAGCCCUCAACACAAUACUAAUACCAUACAUGGAAUUGAUUUUAUUGUCAAGGGAGAUGGAUCUUCAAUAUCCUCACAUCUGAUAUUGAAGGAUCCCCAGGAAGAACCUCAGUCAACUUAUGUUGAGGAAAGAGGGAAACUAAAUGUAAUGAGGGAAUUUGAUGAAAGAACCAUAUGGACGGGAGAGUGUGUUCCUCUGAUGGCAUCAUAUAACAAAGCAAAGAUGCAGCAUUCCUUGUGGGUUGCAGAAAUUGGUAACUCAACUGUUGAAGUCUCAAAUUCUAAAUUCUCUAAUGUCCCUUCUGGAGUGAUUUCAAAACAAUUUUCCUUCAGGAAGAUAUGGCAAGGGAAGGUUUCACAGACAGCUGCUAGUAAGGUAUUUUUUGCAAGUGAUGAUGAUGCCUCACCCAUUAUUUGCUUUCUUCUCCAAGAUAAAAAAAAGUUGUUGUCUGUGUGGCUCCAAAGUGAAGACAUAAACAAUGAAAUAGUCUAUGAUAUUAAACCUGAUAUGAGCUGGAGCAUACCAGCAAUCGCUGCAGUACCAGUUUCUGUUACUCGUCCAAGAGUGAAAGUAGGAGCACUGCCAUUUGCGGACAUUGUUGCUUUGACACCAGAAAACAUUCUUCUUCUCUAUUCUGGGAAACAAUGUCUGUGUAAGUAUACACUACCGCCUUGCUGGGGUAAAUAUCACUUGCCAGACAAGAACAUUAUGGAAGAAAAACCUGUAACCCAUGAUUUAAGAGUUGUUGGAUUAGCUGAUGCUGUUGAGGAGUGUAUCAAUGUUAUUAUGAAUAAUGGACAGAUUUACAGAUGUGCAUUACGCCGCUUCCCUUCAUCAUCCUUAACCAAUGACUGUAUCACAGCAAUGGCUGAGGGGCUAAAAUCUAGUUUCUACCAUCACUUUCUUCUUCUUUUAUGGAACAAUGGUGAUUCAGCUUAUUUAAGUAGGAAGGAUGCCACUGCUGAUUCAGAGUGGGAAUCGUUUUAUAAUGUAAUAGUGCAAAUGUGCAGGGGUUCUACAUAUGCUUCUAAGGUGCCUUCAGAUUUGACCUCAUGUUCGUCAUGGGAGUUUCUCAUUAACAGUAGAUAUCACAAGCAAUAUUGUAAGAAUUAUCUUAUUGCUGGAGUUCCUCAGCCAGCAUCUUCCAAUUGGCGGGGUUUUGAUGCAUCUGGGUUAUUUGAAGACAGCACACAGAAAUCUAGAAAAGCAUUUUAUACUGAAUUACUUGUUGAGACCCUGGAUUCACUUCAUGCAGUAUAUGAAACAUUGAAACUAGACAAUCUCCGUAAAAGGGACUUGCAUCUGCUGGUAGCAUUAUUACGUGAGGUUGCUGCUUUCUUAGAUGAAGGUUGCUACUUGGAUCAUUAUAUACGCGACUUUCCUAGGCUUUUGAAAGGGUUUAAGAUGCCCCCAAACACGUCUUCGCAGAAAAUGCCUCCCAAUUUAUUCAGGUGGCUUGAAACAUGUUUGCACCAUGGAUGUAGUUCUGCUAGUAUUUCUGACCUCCCACCAUUGAUUUUUAAAGAAGGAAGCUCUGUUGUAAACUGGGCACGGAAAAUUGUAUCAUUCUAUAGCCUUUUAUGUGGUGCUGAUCAGUUUGGUAAGAGGCUAUCAUCUGGUGUUUGCUGCAAUGUGGCAUCUGGAUCAUCUCAUUCCAGAGAGGAAAUAACUGUCUUGGCAAUGGUUGGAGAGAGAUUUGGUUUACAGCAACUAGAUUUGCUGCCGGCUGGUGUGUCUCUUCCUUUGCGACAUGCAUUGGAUAAGUGCCGUGAAUGUCCUCCAAUGAAUUGGCCUCCUGCUGCUUAUGUACUUAUUGGCAGGGAAGAUUUGGCUAUGCCACGGUUAGCGUAUUCAAGCAAAUCAAUGGAUCUUGAACCCUAUAUCAAUGCAAAUUUAAUAUCUAUAUCUACUCCUUACAUGUUGCACCUACAUCCUGUGACAAUUCCCUCCUCAGUAUCUGACUCAGUAGAGUCAGAGAACAACAAGCUAGAAGAUGUAGAUUCUCUUGAGGGGUCUAUAGAUGAUGGCAUGGACCAUCUUUUCAACUCUAGCACCUUAUUGCAGUAUGGUCGUGAUCUGCGACUAAAUGAGGUUCGGCGAUUGUUGUGUUCUGCUAGACCAGUAGCUGUUCAAACACCUGUUAACCCCACUGCAUCAGAUCAGGACCUCCAACAGGCUCAACUAUGGCAACUUGCACAGAGGACUACUGCCCUUCCAUUUGGUCGUGGUGCUUUUACACUUUCUACAACUUACACACUCUUGACAGAGGCACUUGGAGUUCCAAAGCUUGUAUUAGCAGGUCGGCUGCCAGCUCAACAAAAUGCAAUGGUUAAUCUAGAUCCAAAUGUUCGAAAUAUACAGGAACUUAAGUCUUGGCCUGAGUUUCAUAAUGCUGUUGCUGCUGGGUUAAGACUUGCUCCUAUACAGGGUAAAUUGCCAAGAACAUGGAUAAUAUAUAACAAACCUAAAGAGCCCAAUGUUGUUCAUGCUGGACUACUUCUUGCUUUGGGAUUGCAUGGGCAUCUUUGUGUUUUAACUAUAUCUGACAUAUACAAAUAUUGUUCAGAGGGAAAUGACAUUACAGCUUUAGGAUUAAUGCUUGGACUAGCAGCUUCAUAUCGGGGAACAAUGCAACCAGCAAUAUCCAAGUCACUUUAUGUACACCUACCAGCACGCCAUCCACCUUCGUAUCCUGAAUUUGAACUACCAACACUACUGCAGUCAGCAGCACUCAUGUCUCUUGGCCUUCUGUAUGAGGGAUCAGCCCAUCCUCAAACUAUGAAGUUUCUUCUGGGUGAAAUAGGCCGUAGAAGUGGAGGGGAUAAUGUACUUGAGAGGGAGGGUUAUGCACUUUCAGCCGGGCUUUCAUUGGGACUUGUUGCAUUGGGUUGUGGAGAAGAUGCCCUUGGCUUCAUAGACGCACUGGUAGAUCGAUUGUUUCAAUAUAUUGGUGGUAGCAAUCAUCCAAAUGAGAGGUACUCAUUACUCACACCAUCAGUUGAUGAGCACAGCCGGAGUGCAGGGCAGGUAAUGGAUGGCUCAUUGAUCAACAUUGAUGUUACUGCUCCUGGAGCCAUAGUUGCUCUAGCUCUCAUCUAUUUGAAGACUGAAUCAGAGAUGAUAUUCUCAAGGUUAUCUAUUCCACAGACACGCUUUGAUCUACAGUAUGUGCGACCAGACUUCAUAAUGCUACGCAUUAUUGCUCGGAAUUUGAUCAUGUGGAGCAGAGUUCAUCCAUCUGAAGAAUGGAUUCAGUCACAAAUUCCACAAGUUGUUCAACAUGGUAUAUCGGGCCUUGGAGAUGAUAUGGAUAACUUGGAUGAGGUUGAUGCCGAAGCAUUUGUUAGAGCAUAUAUCAACAUUGUGGUUGGAGCAUGUAUUUCUCUUGGGUUGAGAUUUGCUGGCACAAGAGACGGUAAUUGUCAGGAGCUGCUCUACAAGUACGCUGUGUAUUUCAUUAACGAGAUAAAGCCUGUUUCUUUUACAAGUGCUCAUACCCUCCCAAAAGGGCUAUGUAAGUAUGUUGAUCGUGGGACACUUGAAACAUGCCUUCACCUUGUUGUUCUUUCCCUAUGUGUGGUUAUGGCUGGUUCUGGGCAUCUGCAGACAUUCAGAUUGUUGAAAUUUCUACGCUGUCGAAAUUCUGUUGAUGGGCACUCAAGUUAUGGUAUUCAAAUGUGUGUAAGCUUAGCAAUUGGAUUUCUGUUUCUUGGAGGUGGAAAGCAGACCUUCUCAACCAGCAAUAGUUCUAUUGCUGCUUUGCUAAUAACACUUUAUCCACGAUUGCCAAAUGGACCUAAUGACAACCGGUGCCACCUUCAGGCAUUCCGACAUUUAUAUGUCCUAGCAACUGAAGCUCGUUGGGUUCAGACAGUCGAUGUUGACACUGGUUUGCCUGUCUAUGUACCACUUGAAGUUACUAUUAAGGAAACUGAAAACUAUGCAGAAACCAGUUUCUGUGAAAUCACUCCUUGCAUUCUUCCUGAGCGUUCCAUUUUGAAGGCUGUUCGUAUUUGUGGUCCGCGAUACUGGCCUCAAGUCAUGGAGCUCACUCCAGAAGAAAAACCAUGGUGGAUUUUGGGGGACAAGAGUGACCCCUUCAAUUCUGGUGUACUCUAUGUGAAGAGAAAAGUAGGAGCUUGUUCAUAUGUUGAUGAUCCUAUAGGAUGUCAAUCACUGUUAUCACGGGCAAUGCAUAAAGUUUUUGGUCUUACACACUUGAGAGCUUCUGCAAGUUCCAAGUCUAUAGCUGGUAUCACUGUAGAUCAGUUGGUUAGUGCAUUCUCAUCUGAUCCAAGCUUAACUGCCUUUGCUCAACUAUGCUGUAAUCCUUCCUGGAAUACCAGGUAUGGAAUUGCCUUCCACGAGUAUUGUUUGCAGGUGCUGUUUGAGUGUGUGAGUAAGGACAGGCCAGCCCUUUUACAGGUGUACCUGUCCUUGUACACUACAAUCGAGUCCAUGGCAGAACAAGUUACUGCUGGUGCCAGUAGUUUAGACGAUUCAAUUUUCCUCUAUAGUCUAAAGCUUGCUCUAUCGUAUGGCGAGUCCUUGAUGAGUAAAAUAUUAACCACAUCAAAAGGCGGCAUCUUGCAAACAACUUUCCUCGGUUCAGUCAAGAAGCGGGUGGAAGAGAUUCUCGGUUCCUCACCGGAGUUGCAACGCAAUCUUUCCGAUUAUAUGAAAUCAGGUAGAUGGCCAUCCGAUGAUUCCCUAGGAGGGCAGGCUUCAACUCAUCUUUCUUGGUAUCUCCAAUGGUAUGGAGUGCCAUCACCAUAUGAACUUAGAAGAGCCAAGGAGAAAAUAAAUGCCUUGGGUAUGCCCUCAUCCAUUCCCUUAUUGCAUUUGUUAUUUCCGAGAACAAAUGUUUCUGCACUUGGUGAGAUAAAUAGUAGCAUGUGUUUCUCUUAGGGGCCGAAUGUUAAGCCUAAGCUUAGUGUGAUGUAAUAUUUUUUUCUACAUAGUGAAUCCUGACUUGUAAAUUAGGAAGUGUAAAAUGACAAAUAAGGGUAAUAUAGGAAGGUGGAAAUGUCCUGACUAAAUUUAAGAUUCAUUUUAAGCAGUGUAAGAGAAGAUUAGGUGUCACCAGCUGUUUACAAAAUGAUUUCUCAGUUAACUACUGGGGUAGAUGUGAUGUUAAUUUAAUGACUGAGUGAUUUAACUCAGUGUUGUAUUAUUUUUA